CAUUUUUGAUGUGUAGUUGGUUCCCUAGGAGCUAGGGGCAAGUCACUGUGUUUUCAAAUCUCCAGAUUCUCUUGGAAUACCUCUGUGUGUGUUUUAUUUAUUUCAUUUUCUUCUGCUUUUGAGGGAUGGCUUUUUAAAUUCAAUUUUGUUUGUAAUUAUGAAAAACAAAUGUUUGCAUGGUGCCAGGAUUAAAUCUGUACAAUGAGGCGACACCCAGGACCUGACCUGGGCUGCAGGUGUCUGAGAGCCAACAGGGCUCCUCACCACCCAGACCCCAGGCAGAGGCCACCCUGGAAGACAAAGGGGGCCUGGUGCAGGGCCAGGAUCCGGGGAGCUAGGGGGCGGCGAGCAGAGGCGGCCCAGUCCAGGAGCACGGAGCUGCCCCCUCACCCGCUGGUCACCCCUCCCACACAGGUCGCCAGGCAGGAGGGGAGGAUCAUCCUGACAUCGGGGCAGCCAUUCCACAAGCUCCGGGCCCAGGUCGGGGCUGGGCGCUGCCUCUCGGUCGACUGCUCCCUGAAGGCCCAGCAGCAGGCUAAGGCUGUGCUCAAGCAUUUCAACGUGCGCGUCACCCACGCAGACAUCUUCAGCCGCUGCCAGGUGACAAGGCCACCCAGAGCCAGGAGGUGCAGGAGCCAGGCCCAGCCCCAGAGGCAGCCCCUGGGGGCUGCACCUAUGACCGUCCCUGCCGCUGGCUGCAGGCGGCUGACCUGCGGGCGGAGACACCGGACAUGCUGACCAAUGGCACCCGGCUGCAGCUGGCAGGGGUCCCGGUGGGCGUGCUGAGGACACCCGGCCUGCGGCACUUCUACUGCUGCACGCGCUGUGGAAAGGUCUUCUGGGAUGGCUCCCACCUGGAUCGUGUUGCCACCCACUUCCGAGACGUCCUGGAGAGCGCCCCCAGCCCCUGUGAGCCAAGCCCAGCCCCCAGCCGGGCCAGCAGCCCCUUCUGAGGACAACCAGACAAUAAACAUGGAAAGUGCCUGACUGCUGGGGCCACGGCCGUGGA